AUGUCUGCUGCUAACCCAAACACCUUCUCUAACUUCAGUCUAGCUACUGACCUACCAGCUUGGUCCAAGCUACAAUCCAUCUAUGAUGCUCAAGGUAAAUCCAUGUCCGUCAAGGACGAAUUUGCUAAGGACUCUAACCGUUUCGCUAAGUACUCUAAGACUUUCCAAAACUACGAUGGCUCCAAGAUCAUGUUCGAUUUCUCCAAGAACUUGGUUAACGAUGAAGUCAUGAACGCUUUGGUCGAAUUGGCUAAGGAAGCUAACGUCACUGGUCUAAGAGAUGCUAUGCUAGCUGGUGAACACAUUAACUUCACUGAAGAUCGUGCCGUCUACCACGCUGCUUUGAGAAACAGAUCUAACAAGGCUAUGACUGUUGACGGUACUAACGUUGCUCCAGAAGUUGAAGCUGUCCUACAACACAUGAAGGAAUUCUCUGAACAAGUCCGUUCUGGUGCUUGGACUGGUUACACCGGUAAGAAGAUCACUGAUGUUGUUAACAUCGGUAUUGGUGGUUCCGAUUUGGGUCCAGUUAUGGUCACUGAAGCUUUGAAGCACUACGCUGGUGACAUUAAAGUCCACUUUGUCUCUAACAUUGACGGUACUCACAUUGCUGAAACUCUAAAGGACCUAAAUGCUGAAUCCACUCUGUUCUUGAUCGCUUCCAAGACUUUCACCACUGCUGAAACCAUCACCAACGCUAACUCUGCUAAGGCUUGGUUCCUACAAAACACUGGUAACAAUGCUUCUCACAUCGCUAAGCAUUUCGUUGCUUUGUCUACCAACGAAACCGAAGUUGCUAAGUUCGGUAUUGACACCAAGAACAUGUUCGGUUUCGAAAACUGGGUUGGUGGUCGUUACUCCGUUUGGUCUGCCAUUGGUCUAUCCGUUGCUCUAUACAUCGGUUACGAAAACUUCGAUGCUUUCCUAAAGGGUGCUGAAGCCGUUGACAAGCACUUUACUGAAGCUCCAAUUGAAGAAAACAUUCCAUUAUUAGGUGGUCUAUUAUCUGUCUGGUACAACAACUUCCACGGUGCUGAAACUCACUUGGUUGCUCCAUUCGACCAAUACCUACACAGAUUCCCAGCUUACUUGCAACAAUUAUCCAUGGAAUCUAACGGUAAGUCUGUCACCAGAGGUAAUGUCUUCGCUAACUACUCUACUGGUUCCAUUCUAUUCGGUGAACCAGCUACCAACGCUCAACACUCUUUCUUCCAAUUGGUUCACCAAGGUACUAAGUUGAUCCCAUCUGAUUUCAUCUUAGCUGCUCAAUCCCACAACCCAAUUGAAAACAAGCUACACCAAAAGAUGUUGGCUUCCAACUUCUUUGCCCAAGCAGAAGCUCUAAUGGUCGGUAAGGACGAAGCUCAAGUUAAGUCUGAAGGUGCCACUGGUGGUCUAGUUCCACACAAGGUUUUCUCUGGUAACAGACCAACCACUUCUAUCCUAGCACAAAAGAUUACCCCAGCUACUCUAGGUUCUUUGAUUGCCUACUACGAAUACGUUACUUUCACCGAAGGUGCUAUCUGGAACAUCAACUCCUUUGACCAAUGGGGUGUUGAACUAGGUAAGGUCUUGGCCAAGGUUAUCGGUAAGGAACUAAACGACUCCUCUGCUGUUGCCACCCACGAUGCUUCCACUAACGGUUUGAUUAACCAAUUCAAGGAAUGGAUGUAA